AUGGAAGUGAAAGAGGAGAGUCAAGCUGAAGUGGAUGAGAAACAUCAGAUUGUAAAAAUAAACCAUAAUGUUUCACAGAAAGAAACUCUGAAGACAGAAGACAUAAAGUGUGAAAAUAGUUUCAGUGAAGAUGAACGCCCUGAAGAUCACAAGAGGACUCACAGUGAGGAGAAACCUUUCACAUGUCAACAGUGUGGAAAGAGUUUAUCCUCUCAAUCGAGUCUUAACCGGCACAGGAAAACUCACAGGGGGGAAAUGUCAUAUGCAUGCCAACAUUGUGAAAAGAGUUUCCCAGAUAAAAGUCAACUUAAGAUACACAUUAGAGUUCACACUGGAGAGAAACCUUACACAUGUCAUCUGUGUGAAAAGAGUUUCAGAACAAAACAUAACCUUAAAGCACACAUGAGGAUUCACACUGAAGAAAAACCAUUCACGUGUCAUCUGUGUGGAAAGAGUUUCAGAGAUAAAGGUAAACUUAAGGACCACUCAAGAAUUCACACUGGAGAGAAACCACACGCAUGCCAUGAGUGUGGAAAGAGUUUUAAAACUGCAGGUGACCUUAAAAAACAUUUGAGGAUUCACAGCGGAGAGAAACCUUACACUUGUCAACUAUGUGGAAAGAGUUUCAGAACAAAACCUAACCUUAAAGCACACAUGUGGAUUCACAUCAGAGAAAAACCACAUCCGUGCCAUCACUGUGAAAAGAGUUUUAUAACUGCAGGUAAACUUAAGACACAUUUGAGAAAUCACACCGGCGAGAAACCUUACACUUGUCAACAGUGUGGAAAGAGUUUCAGAACAAAACCUAACCUUAAAGGACACAUGUGGAUUCACACCAGAGAGAAACCACAUCCGUGCCAGCACUGUGGAAAGAGUUUUAUAACUGCAGGUAAACUUAAGACACAUUUGAUAAAUCACACUGGAGAGAAACCUUACAUUUGUCAACAGUGUGGAACGAGUUUCUCUGUGGAAGGAAACCUUAAGAUUCAUGCAAGAAUUCACACUGGAGAGAAACCUUACACAUGCCAUGAGUGUGAAAAAUGUUUCAGAGGUAAAAGUAACCUUACAAUACACAUGAAAAUUCACAAAGGAGAGAAACCUCACGUGUGUUUUCAGUGUGGAAAGAGUUUCAGUAUGAAGCGUAACCUUAAGAGACACAUGAUAACUCACAGUGAAAAGAAACCUCACGCGUGUCUUCAGUGUGAAAAAAGUUUCAGAGAUAAAACGAGACUUGAGAUUCACAUGAGAAGUCACACUAGAGAGAAACCUUACAUAUGCUCUCAGUAGCCAUGUUUCCAUCCACAUUUUUUUAUCCGAAUUAAGUGAUAUCGAAUGAAAAAUGCCUUAUGGAAACAGUAAAAUUCGAUUGAAUUUCAUGAAUAUCGACUCAAAAGAAAUACGUUCGAUCUCAUCAGAUUUUAUCUUGAUCGAUGUAUGGCUUAUGCGAUAAAUGAUGAUGGAAACGUUAUUUUCCGAAUAAAUAAUGAUUUGCGAUUAAGGUUUACGUCAUUUUAUGGAUGCAACCCACACACAAAACAAAAGAAAAAGUUUUAGGUCCGCUCUGGUGGCACACAUGGCGUGUGUCAACAAAGUCAGAUGUAAGUAGACAAACGAUGAGACCAGAUGCAUUUUAAAUUUAAUUUACCAGAGACAAUUAUGGCUAUUUUAGAGCUGAAGAUCUUUGGAUUCGGGCUUCAUUUCUAACAUUUUACACGGGCUCGUGCUCUGCCUUUGCACGGUAAAUGAGCGGUCAAGUUCAAUGCUGCUUGGAUGCCCUAUCAGUAAGCGCAGGACCACGCUGAAGCCAUUUACAGUGGAUUUAAUAAUUUUCUCAACAAAAAUGUAGCCUAAUCUUGGCGAGUAAAGGUUUUUUAAUGUAUAACUAAAUACAUAAUUUAGACAGAUGAUAUAGACUAAUGUUGGCAUUAAAGAAAGUGGCGAAGCAAAUCCCACGGAACCUUUAUCUUAAUUUUGUUAUUCCCAAAUAACCAUCUUAUUCAGAAUGUAUUAUCUUAAUUUAAUUCGUUAAGAAAUAAUUGUUUUUAUUGGCAUUUCGGCCUAUUUAUAAUGUAUUGCAUAUGGCUAUUUAGAACGAGAUGUUACAAUGUUACAGAAUACAGAUGACUUAUUUUUUUUCUUUGUUUCAACUUCCAAAUGACGUGUAGCCCAGUUAGUCAUGAAAAAAUAAUGUUAAAACCUGUGUAAAUUACUCAUUCUUGAUAAAAGCUGUUUGCGUGCGCACAUUUAAAUAAUGUCUGGCUGUAAAUGGGUUCGGGCUUUUAAAAAGCUGUCAAUCUAAAUGUGCUUUCGGGUUCUGGCUGCAUUCUGUCGGGCUCCGGUCAUUUCAGGCCUAACUUUUAAGGUCCGAUUACAGCUCUAUUUUAGAUAGCAAAAAUCUAAGAAAUGCCAUAAUUUAUUAGGAACUCCCGAAGGAAAUUUCCAACCAUGGUUAUGACAAGACGUGGGACGUCCUCCGGAGUAAAUGUAAGGCGCUCAAACAGUGAUACGUGUUUCAAAAAAGAGAGUUAUCUCGCAACGGUGCCGGAGGGAAAAUAAAAGCAAAUUCGACCUUGAUGAGAUGGAUCCUCGGCCAAAGAACCCUCGUAGUUUCAUUGGCUUCCAAUAUUAACAGCUCAGGAAAUAUAUUUUUCGUUCUCAUUUACGUUGCAUUGAUCCGGACUAUCAUUUCACGUUAAUGCCUCCGUUGUCGUCUGGCAUUUACAUGCAUCUGCAUCAUCAUAGCAAUUGAUGUUAAAGUCAUUUUCUUAUUAUUAUAGCUUGAUAUCUCGCUAUCAGCUCAGCUGGCACAUAAGCACUUAUAACUUGUGGUAUGGCGCAAUCCAUUUUGUCUAGCAAAACUUUGUUCGCAAAUGUUUGCUUGAAUAUUGUGCGAUUCAGUGCGAAAAUGAAUGGAAACACCUUCAAAUGUCUCAAAUCAAUUCGAUAUACGAAUUUUAUCGCAAACCAGCAUGUGACGUCAUUACGUACAGGUUUUUAUUACCUUUAAAGCCGUUGGAUGGAAACACACUUUCACCCGCUUUAUUCGCAUAAGUUUUUUUUACCAAACUUCAGAUAAUUCGAUUGACAAGUGGAUUAAAACUUAGCUAGAGUGAAAAGAGUUUCCGAGAUAAACGUGGACUUGAGGCUCACAUGAGAAAACACACUGGAGAGAAACCUUACAUAUAUCUUCAGUGUGAAAGGAGUUAUACAAGUGAAGACACUCUUAAGAAACACAUAUCAGUUCACCAGUGUUGGGAGUAAUGCAUAACAAAAUAUAAUAUUACAGUAAUAUAUUAGUUUUUGCUGUAAUGCAGUAAUAUAACGCAUUACUAGUAACAUUUUGGUAAUAUUGUACGUGGGUUACAACAAUGCAUUUCAAAAUUAGACUGUUAUUUUUAUUUUUGACCGCGCGGCCAGCAUCCACACAGGAAAAAGCUGCGGCUAGAAUAGUAUGUCUGUUUCCGGGUGCUGUAUGCGGCAUGUUCAUUUUUUACUAUAAUGUUGUAUUUGAACUGCGAUUUGGAUGCAGUGCGCGUCAAAUAUAGACACGUAUCUUAAAGAGCUGCUUCUGGGAAGUCCACCGCGAGGCUGUAUAAGCAUUGACUAAAGUGGUCGCAAUCAGGUCCGGUAGCGCCCCCGUUCUGUGAUUGGUUCCCUAUUUCAGGGGCAAAAAAGGGCCAGAGUUUCCAUGCUAGACUUGCAGCGUGAAUAAAUUUGCGCACAAGGCAGCAUGGGGAAACCCAGGCUAGAAAUGAGCUGUAUUUCUUGAGACCUGAUCCUCCAAAAUCACCUUUUGAUAAGUUGUGUCAACCCAGUGCAUGCCAGGUUUGUGCUGUGAAUCUGAAUUAAAAGUGAAUUAAAGAAUAAAAAUGAAAAGAGGUUGCAUUUCUUGCCAUGUUAUUAGUCUGUAGGUUGAAUUUUAGUGGGCUUUAGCUCUAUUGUGUUUGGUGUGUGUACCAUAAUUUACCAGACUUUUACCAGAUCAUUUGUCAUUACUGUAGAAAGAGCUUUACAGUGAAAGGUUACCUUAAUGCACAUGUGAAAAUUCACACUGAAGAGAGACCAUACGUGUGUCAACAGUGUGGAAAGAGUUUCAGGACAAAACCAAACCUUAACCACACAAGAUUUCACACUCAAUAAAAACCAUUUAUGUGUCAACAGUGUGGAUAUGAGAACAACUUUUAGAAAUCAGCUGAGGUCUUAUUAAUAAAACUGUCUGGAGGAUCCUUACUAAAGUCUACAUGCACACAAAAGCCAAAACUGUGUAUGGCAAAAAAGAUUCAGGCUGUUUCUCAAUAUGUGUUCUUGUUUGUGUUUUUGUGGACUUGUGAAACGUCAUCAUUCUUGGCCCAAGUACUGCUCCAAUUCCAAGUUCCCAUCAAGUCAAGUUCACAUAACAUCUCAGGAUGUGUUCUUGAUCCGCUCAUUUUAUCUAGGAUGCAUCAGGAGGUGACUUGUGUGGACAAGUUUUCCAGAAUGCAAUUCACGUUAAUGCCAAAGGAGCUUAAAACCUGCAAAAUAUUUACUCUCUGUGUCAUAAAAUUUAGCCAUUUGUCGAGAAUAUAGAUGAAUAAACUUUAAGCCAUCGUUCGGUGACAAAGAACAGCGAUUGAGAGGGUACAUAAGGCUGUAUAAGCAAGGGAAAGUAAGGGGGUACUGACCCAGUGGUGGUUUUAAAGGCCAGGAGCAGAGCUUUUAAUUUGAUGUGAGCUGCUAUAGGGAGCCGGUGUAACUUGACAAAGAGGAGUGACGUGCGCCCUCUUUGGCUCAUUGAAGACCACUCUUGCCGCUGCAUUCUGAAUCAUCUGUAGGGGUUUGGUUGUGCAGGCUGAAAGUCCAGCCAGUAGUACAAUGCAGUAGUCCAGCCUAGAUGGGACAAAAGCUUGGACUAGGACCUGGGUGGCGUACUCAUCUAGAAAAGGUCUAAUUUUCCUAUUAUUGUAGAGGAUGAAUCUACAAGAGAGAGCGGUGCUGGCAACAUGGGCCGUGAAGCUAAGCUGAUCAUCAAUGACCACUCCCGGGUUUUUGGCCGUCCUGGAAGGCGUGAUGGUCGAGGAACCUAGCUGAAUGGAAAGGUUGUGCUGAAUCUUUGGUUCAUAAGAUAUGACAAGCAGUUCUGUCUUUGCAAGGUUAAGCUGGAGAUGUGAUCAUUCAUCCAGAGUGAGAUGUCCCUCAGGCAUGCUGAGAUGCAGGCAGAAAUCGUGGGGUCAUCAGGGUGGAACAACAAGUAAAGUUGAGUGUCAUCUGCACAGCAGUGGUAGGAAAAUCCAUGUUGUCGAAUGACAGAACCCAGGGAUGUCAUGCAUAUCUAAAACAGCAGUGGUUCAAGCACGGAGCCUUGAGGAAUCCCCGGUAUCGAGACGUUGAGUUUCUGAGACGUCACCUCUCCAGGAUACCCUGAAUGACCUACCUGAGAGGUACGACUUGAACCAUAGAAGCGCUGUGUCAGAGACACCCAUAGCCAUAAAGGGCGAUUUAUAGUCGUGCGUAGGUCCUACGGCGUAGCAGCGACGGCGUACGUUCCGCGUCGGCUUUCAUUUAUACUUGUGCGUCGCCGUCCGCGUCGACGUGCAAACACGCGAAACCGCUGGUUGGCAGUAAUCACGCGUGUAACCACAGUAGAAGCAGAAGUCGUCACAGAAGAAGAAGCUAAGCAAGUUAACCCACAAACGAAGAAGAAAUAGCAACUUGUUGUGUAUAAUUUGAGAAGACCAGCAAUGAUGGAAGUAAAUAAACAGCGACUUAUGUUGCAGUUUGAGUUAAAUCACUCCUCAACUUGACUCAUCUUUGUUUUCACCGUCUCAAACGGAAAUACCUAUGACGCAGUUUUUUUUACCUGACGGGAGGGGUUCUGGUGGACCAAUCACAGAGCUUGCGGGCCGCGUAGAGCCGACGCGCUGUUAGAAAUUUUGUGAGGUGCGCGUCAGGCUACGCAGAGCUACGCACAGGCUACGGAUAGCCCUUAAGGGUCGACAGGAGGAUGUGGUGAUUGACCGUGUCAAAAGUAAGAUCAGCACAGAUGAUUUGGAGGCUGCCCUUGCCUGCCUUAGGGCUUCAUUGACUGAGAGCAGCGCAGUCUCAGUGGAGUGACCGCUUUUGAAACCAGACUGAUUGCUAUCCAGGAGGUUAUUUUGUGUGAAGAAAGAGUAGAGCUGGUCAAACACCACACGUUCAAGAGUCUUUGCAAUGAAGGGAAGAAGAGAAGCAGGAAAUUUUUACAGGAAACCCUUUGAAAUUACAUAAAACACUGUUGAAAGUGCCAAACAUGGUUGUAUGUGUUGUCAGUCACAAAAAAAAUAAACAAAAAAAUAA